AUGAAGAUCUUGUGCCAUGAUGUAACAAGAUUAUUGGUAAAGCACUUGUUUUUAGAUGAGAUAAUCAACUACAUACAAUCAUUGCAACGUCAAGUUGAGUUCUUAUCGAUGAAGCUCGAGGCAUUCAACUCAAGAAUGAACCACUCUGGCGUAGAGGUUUUCUUACCGAAAGAGUUUGGUCAGCAAGCGUUUGAGAAUCAGGAGAUGCAGUUUGGGUCACAGUCUAUAAGGGAAUACAGUAGAGGAGCAUCACCAGAUUGGUUGCAUAUGCAGAUAGGAUCAGGGGGCUUCCAAAGAGCAUCCUCAAGUCAAACAUUAAACGAUGCCGGAGGAUGGUGUGAGUUUAAAAAGUGUUGCCGCAACAGUGAAAAUAGUCACCGCAGUGAGACGCGACUGACGCUGAAAUUUUAA